CGGUAAUUUUAGCUGUUUGCAUCUGCAUCAGCGGAUUGUAAAUUCGGCUGAUGGUGGCUGCCAUUUAUUGCGCAUUCCAGAGUUUUUGCAUGCGUGGUGAUCUUGAAAAUAAUUCGUGAAGUGAAAAAUGGCCGUGAAUAGAAAAAGUCGAAAUUAAAUUUGAAUGAGUGUUAAGUGUUAAAUUUAUCCUACAAUCAGAUGGCGGUUCGUGGUGUGUUCAUCCGGUAUAAAUAUCAGCUGAUUCGUGGAGCGGUGCGGUUCCAGAUUAGUAUCAAUCUUUAAAGUUUUGGACAAAAAUAUUAGGCAGCAAUUUCCAGUUUUCAAAUCGUACCAACAAUGGCCAGAAGUUCCGUACUCGCUCGAAUGGAGACGAUCUGUGUGGAGGUAAUGGAAAUGCCGGAAAUUUUCCUCGCCGACGACGAGGACGACGAAGACGAUGAUGCACAAAGUGAAAAUCUCGACGCCGUUGAUCCGGAUGAUGAAGACAUUCCAGCAGCGGACGACGAGAAGGAUUGUGAUGAAGCGGAGCCAAAGGAAAAAGAUGAUUCCCGUGGAAAAUCCGGGGCAAAAAAUAAAGGAGGGAAAUCGGGGGAUGCCGGUCAAGAUAAGGGGGUGUCGGUUAAGGUUAACUGUGAGGAUAAGAAGCAACAGCGUUAUGCCAAGUGGAUUUCUAGAGCCUUGCGAGCUGCAGUCAACCCGAUUGUUUCUAGGUUUAAUCUUAAUCUGAAAGUAAAUUUAGAUCUGAACGUAGCGAAUAAAGCUAACACAAAUGAAAAAGCGGAUUCAAAAAGUAGCAGCAGUUCAGCUGCUCCAGCUGAAAAACCCAAGCCUUCUCCACGGCAAAUGCAGAGGCAAGCUGAUCUUGCUAGAAUCAGAGAACUGGAGAAGGAAAAUCGACAUCUAGAAAAAGUGUUCGAAAAAAUUGUAGCAGGUUAUACGGACAUGAAAACCAAACUUUUGGAGAAAACACAGCAGUUGAAUGCGAACCAAACUAAGUCAGCAAGCACAGAAACCAUGCUUCAACAGUUAACAUGCGAGCGCGACACAUUGAAGACCUCUACUGAGAAGCUGGCGUCAACUAAGAAUAUGAUGGAACAAGAGAGGAAUCAACUACAAAGUCGAAUAUCGAGCCUACAACUUGAGUUAGAGACUAAGAAGGGGGAGCUUAUGAGCAAAGGCACUGCUGUUAAGGAGCUGGAAUCCAAACUUGCAGAUCUUCAAGAAAGUCAUAAAAGUACGCUUGAGCAAGAACGAACCAAAUUUAACAAUCUUCUGAACGAGAAACAGGUAUCGCUUGAUUCAGGCGAAAAAGUAAUCCAAAAACUUAAAGCCGAAUUCCAGGAGCUGGCAAAUAGCAAGGCAUCGUCUGAGGCGAAACUUCAGCAAAUAGUUCAAGAGCAUUUGAAAUUGAAAAAUCAGUUGGAGCUUAAAUGUGUAGACCUCAUGAAACAAAAUCAGGAUUUGAAUGUGCUAGUCAGAAGAGAAAUUUCACCUAAAGAAAACACCACAGUUCAGGAGUCAUUUCCGAACUCGUCAAGUAGCAAUAUUACGUGUCCGAUUUGCGGGAGUCCCUUCAAAAAUCUCGGAGACUUGCAAAUUCACACGGAAAACUGCGGUUUAUAAUAUCACAAGUGUUUAUUCAACGAAUAUAGCAACUUAUCAUAGAGGGUGAAAAAUAUAGCAGACGUCACGGCAGCCUUCAACAGAGACGAGCUCAAACCUUUGUAGAGCCCUAGGAAGCCUUCCUUGCGAACGACCCGAUACAUGCACUGGAGUAAAUGCUUACAUACAAA